AUGUUGACUCCGGGCGGCCCCGUGGGUGGCGCGGGCAUGAACUCCGCCGGCCGAGAUGGCCCAGACCAUCCAGGAGAUUCGAUCUCCUCCCUGUCCCGCUGGAUCAUACGCAACUUUCCGAUCCGAUCACCAACCGCCAAAGAACGGCUGAAAACCCCCCGGAAGGUCGCUCUCCUCCUAUCCCAUCAUUGGCUUCUCCAAGUGGUCCCACCGGUGAGUCCAAGCCUGUUUCUUUCUGGAGCUUGGUGA